AUGUUGUUUGCUUUCUCUGCAGCUCUGCCGCAUGGAAUACCGUCCUCUCCUCUUUUGUUCUCUUCCCCCCCCCCCUCUCCUCCUCCUCCUUCCCCACGCCUCACCUUCUCGUCUGCCUUCUACCCCACACGAAACAAGAACGCAGCCAGCUGUCUAUCGUACUCGCGGCAGAAGAAAAUGGAGACGCUCACGUCCGUUAUUGGGUCAGUAGACUCGGUGGACGCGCUGGACCUUACAUUGCUCCUCCAUGGGCUCAGCACCUUGGACGAGGUGCGGCAGAUCAUCGAAGUGCUGCUGGAUGCGUACAACAGCCACAGCGGCACGAGCCGAGAGGUGCUUCAGAAGCAGUGCGUAAUGCGCAGCCUUGCAGAGGUGCUAGAGUUGGUGCAUGCGCGUUACACACGCAUAGCGGAUGCGUCUGCGUCACCCGUGACUUGUACGUUUUGGCGAAAUCAAGCUGAGGGGGCAAUGGCCACGACCCCGUCCACGGAUCCGCAGUGGGCCUUUACGCCGGACGACUACCUGCUCUUGUCCAUGUUUCUGAACGAGACGGCGACGACAACGAAUGCAACGACCUUCGCUUACUGGAGCCGGGCUACGGCAGUGGUGUUCCCGCACGCAACAGCAAUUGUGUUCCCCUCUAUCGAGGCCGACGGUGUGCCGCCAGAGACAGCAGGUGCUGGUGAGGACGAGGAGGCGGAGACAACGCGGGCGUCUUUGGAGUCGGAGCUGCACUCCUUGCGCGAGAUUGUGGCCAAGCGCUUCACAACCUCCGUGGAAAGUCUGCGUCGCGUCACCUCGUACGAGUACGCGCGCCGGAGCCUGCAGAGCAGCGUCUGGGCUCUGCUUGGGUCAUUGGCUGGCUGCCGCGCACCGUCGCUCAGGGAGCGCGUCGUGGAAGAGCUGGAGGCUGCUGUGGAAGGUAUGUUGCAGCCGUUGAACAUCGCGCUACAGGAGCCGCUCACGGGCUCGCACGGCAGAACCGCGAACGCCGCCGGUGGCGCCAUCGGGGGCGGCAGUCGUUCUGGUAAGAAGACAUCGCCAAUUCUUCUUACUGCCCUCUUGCAGGACGUUGAAGAUGUGCUGUGGGCGAUUUUGCACAUUGCUGUUUCUGCCUCUUCUUCCACGACGCAGCCGGUCUCUAGCUCGCUCGAGCAGCUGUGCUCGCGGGCCGCCGCCUUCAUGGUGGAGGUGCUGCUCAAGUUUGCGCAGCAGUACAUAGCGUUGCAACAGCAGCGCCAGAUGGAGUUCAUGGAAAAGGAAGGGGCGGAUGGCGACGCCAGUGGUCGUGGCGGUGCGCGAGGCGCCAAGAAGGACGUCUUCCGCGUGUACCACGUCCAGCGCAGCUUGCAGCGGGUGUUCAGUGUGGGACUGCAGCUGCGUCGCGUCGCUGGCAAGAGCAGCAAUGCGGCCGAGGUGUCCUUGGUGAGCGAGGCAGCUUUUACUGGUCUGCAGGCAGCCGCCUCUGCAUUCGGCGGUGCCGUGUUUGUCAUCAACCCCGUCCGUUGCGCCAUGGUGACGGAGGACAUCGACGGCCACGUGGCCGCAGCGGCAGCGGCGGAGGACGACAAGACAAGCUCGUCGGCGUGGGGCGACGACAGCAACGCUCGAGGCCGUCUUCGUGAGUGCCGUCGGGUUCUGGCCCCUCCUCAUCACCUCAUCACGAGCGGAGGAGCGGCCGGCGGGGGCGAGGGCGACUAUGACUUCUUCAACGAUGAAGAGGGCGACACCCUGCUUGGUCGCCGCGAGGCGUACUUGAAGACGUCCCUCGGCCCGGUCACAGCGUCCGCCUUAGUGGACAUGGUGAUGCUGACGGUGUCGCGCAUGGACUUCCUGAGCGAGGACGCGAUCCAGGAGCUGCAUCGCCGGGGACUGGAGCAGAUGCAGCUCGCCGCCGCCUACCAGGCUCAGAAGGAGGAAUUAGAGAAGUUGCGGCAGAUGGAACGUCAGGGUGUGGAGGCGAUCGCUGCCGGGAAGCUGAUCGAGCACGUGAAAGACAGCGCUGCCUUGCACAUGCGCGGCAUGCAGGUUCUCCGCAAGGUGUCCGCCCGCUCGCGGCUGGAGCGCGCUGCCUUCACCUCCGUUCUCGGAGCGUACCAGCAUGUGCGCGGCGAGGCCGAGGCGCGUAUCCGACUGACACAGGCGCUCAUCUCGCGCUGCCUCGUGCAGCUACCUCCGUCGCUAGCGGACAGUGCCAUGGAUGAACUUCUCCUGCACCUCCGAAGGGAGCUCACGCGGACCCAGGCGCAGAAGGAGGCGGCUGCAAGCGGGAAGACGAUCACGGCCACUGCGAACCCGAACGCCGAUGUAGCCUCUCUGUUUCUCGCCAGCUCCUACUACCAGCUCACGCUGCAGGUGCUUUUCAUGUACUACGCCACACAGGCACCAAUGCACGAGCGGAGCGCCACCUGGAACAGUGCGCUGCUUCUCGGUGGAGGCGCCGCGAUGGUGCACGGCGAGGACGAUGGCACUCUCUUCGACGACGGCGCCCCCCACGGGGGCGGCGAGUUGAUGCAGACGGACGCUGGCUUCUCGAUUGAGGUGGAGAGCCCCAUUGCCUUUCUGUACGACGACGAUGUUCACCGCGCGAGCCAGGACGUCGGUCAGAAGCGGGCUCGUGAAGAGCCGGACGGGGUAGGCGGCGCCGGGGAGGAGGAUGCCGCUGCCGGCGCUCGUGCCGCCAUUGGCGAGCAGGACUUUGGCUUUUUGAAUGAUACCGUGGCGGCUCCGUCGACGUACAGCCACAUGCUGUGCCGCGUGCUGGAGCUUAUUCGGACGGCACGACUCAACCUGAUCUUGUUGGAUGUCCUGCUGCAGGCCCCGGUGCUCACCCGGUAUGUGUGGUACCACCUGUACAAGCACUUCUGCCUCUCCGCCGACAAGGCCAGCUGCGUGAUUGGAAUGUGGCUCUUGCGCAACCUAGCUGUACGGCGGCCGGUGUACCGCACCUGCGCUGUGAACAUCCUGCUGCAGCUCUGCCUCAGCACGCACGACUACGCGCGCCGCUUCGCCAUCAAGGAGAUCGAUCAGCUCCUGUCGACUACCACUACCCAGGGAGCACCGCUGCUGGACGCAACGGCAGAGGAGCAUCUGCUCCGGUAUGCGAAGAAGCAGCUCUUUGCCAUUCCAGCCUAUCAACGCUCCUCAUCCUCGAAGCUGAAGCGCGCCCAUGACGGCGGCGAUACAGCGAACGGGAAUGAGGCGGCGGCCGUCGCCGGCGACACAGAUGAGGCCACCGCCAAAGACCGUGCGCGCAUGUCUGCCGUGCUGAGCCGGCGCCUCGGCCUCUUUCUGAUGCUGUGCGCGCGCCAGCCUCGCGAGCUGUUCCCUGCCCUACUCGAAGUCUUUCAGCAGUGCGUCGAGCGCGGCAACAUCCUCAUGAUGCAGCUCCUUCCAGAGAACGCCGACGUGCGUCGCAUGACGCAGUACCUGCUCAAGACGGACGCCUCCAAUUUUGUGGCUGCCGUGAUGCCGCUGCUGCGCAAGCGCUGCCGCGAGGCGCGACCCCUCGUCCAGUCCAUGCUGUGGGCGGUGCGGGAGCAACUCGGUGCCAUGGCGCAAGAGGUCAACUCCGCAGCGAACACCAUGGCGACAUCCCCUGACGGGAUCGAGGCCGCGAGUCAGGCAUCGACGACCGUCACCCUGGAGGCGCUGCGCAACAUCAGCAAUGCCGUGCUGGGCCACGCGAAGGCGAUGUACGAGCUCAGCGGCAUUCCACUGGGUAACUCGGCCCAGGCGGUCUCGCUGCUGGACAUUCGCUACCUAGCACCGUUUCUCAGCUUCCUUUCUGCGAAGGAGCUGAAGCAGACGUACCUGAACGUCUUCCUUCUGUUUCUUCAGGUGCAGCUGCAGUUCCAGCGGCACUACCACAAUGCGUUUCACCGGCUGCCGGCGAAGGAGCGGAUGUAUGUGCUGGAGCCGACAGAGCUGCGGGCCUUUGAGGUGCAGGUGCUGCGAGAGGUGUUCGUCAAGUGCCCUGUCUCCUUCCAAGACGGUGUGCCGCGUGGCCUGACACGCGUGGACUUCUUCGUGUACCUCCAUCGAGCCCCGCAGGAGAGCCAGUCCAGGCUUGCCUCCUCCAUGCUCUCCCACCCGCUGCAUGGUGGAGCGCUAGGCGGCACAGCUGGCGGUGUUCUGGACGGCAUGCACAAUGGUGAGCAAACCUCCGCGGGUGCGGUGACCGGGAAGGAGAAGGCGGAGGAGCUUCCGCCGAUCAGCGUGGGCACAACGAAGGAGGUGGUGAACCUCUGCUUUGAGCUGACGCGCAGCUUCGACAACACGACCGUGGAGAAGCUGUACGGCCCGCCAGAGGUGCAGAAGGCGCUGCAGCAGCUCAUGCACCCGCCGCCGAUCCCAUCACAGCUCAUGGCGACUGUGCUGCAGGCAUCCACGCUGUUCCUGCGCAGCCGCUACACAGAAUUCAUCAGCUUUGUUGUGCAGACGAUUCUAACGCCGCUUGAGCGGGCCUCGGUGUGGGACACGGACCCGCAGCUGUGGAAGGGCGUCGUGCUCUUCACAGAGCGCUACUACCGCGAGUGCAGUAACUUUCUCGUGAACUUGCCUGACCAGGUCUUGACGCAGGCGCUGCGGGAGCACCCGCAGCUGUGCGAGUACUUCAAAGAAGAGCACGGCAACAACGCCUCCUUUAUGCACAUCCUCGGAAACCUGUGA